UCAUGAUGAUAAUAUGUAUUCAAUUAUGGAUAUUAUUAUUGUAUUAGAUGAUUCAUCCUCAGGUUAAUGAGUGGGGAUCGUUUGAUUUUCAGCCGGGUUCAAUAAUAAACAAUAUAAUAUGGUAAAUGGUAAUAUUACAAUCGGUUAGGUGAAACGUGGUGCAGUGACAUAUGGGUUGCAGAGUGAAGUCAUUCGUUUUCAAAAUCCGAGUGUCGCCACCGACACCGUGCACCAUUAACGGACCACCACCAUCAUCAUCGUUGUAGUCGUCGUCGUGUUCCGAAUACAAAGGUAAACAAACAGAAUUUCAAUACGAUGUUUGUUCGCAGACGUUACAUUAUGACUCUAAGUGAAUACAAUUGGAACCAUUCUCAUAUUAACGGACUCGUAUUCGUAAUUUUACUGUUGACUUCAAGUGUGGAAAUUAUAGCAGACAAUGUAAAUAUAACGGAAGGCGGAUCAAGUCAAGAAAUCAAUUGUACGCUUUAUAGGUCAUGCACACAAUGUACCGAUGCACACUCUGGUUGCAGUUGGCUGAUUGAAAAACAAAUUUGUCUCGACUCAAAUCAGAUUCUAUCAGGGAAGUUCAUAGUCGAUACAAAAGAAUUAUGCCCAGCGUAUGCUGUGACAUAUGAUGAUUAUUCGUUACAGGUUACGGUUUCGAAUAUCGAGGCAAAAAGUGUAAAAACUUUUUUUAAUGUAAAUCCAAAUAUUGGUUGUGAAAUAGAAAAUGCAACUUAUAACGCUUCAAUCAAUAAUGGAGUAAUAACUUGUAAUUGGGCAGACAAAAAACAAAGAACAACUAAAACCAAUCCUUUGUUUAUUUUUUAUUUUUCAAUCGUUGUCAACAACGUACGAUUACAGUUCGACAAUCCACGAGACCAUUACAUCAGUUAUCACGGUUGGACUUGCCCGAAAGAGAAUUGUACGAUCAGUUUUUGGGAAAGCGAUUCGAGAAAAUAUUACUGUAAAUGGUGUUUAAAAAACGAUGGUUGCAAGACAACAGCCGAACAACCGAACAGUUGCGACAUACGGUACGCGAUUAACAACGAGAAAUGGAAGGACGACGCACCGCUGUCCAAGAUCGAAGUCAGAAGUCCUGAAGUGGCGAUCGAGUCUUUCGAACCAGACGUGUUGAUGUACCAACGCAAUACGUCGUCGGUCGUGAGCAUCACCGUCAAGAACCAUAGGUUUUUGGCCGAAGGCCGGUCGACGACAGUGACCUUGGCCGGGCAGAGUUGUGACAACCCGGUCACGGUCGACGAUCAGACGGUUAAUUGCACUGUUGGUUACCUAAAGGAUAUUAAAGAAGGUCCGGUGGUAAUCGAGUACGCGGGGAUUACGAGUGUGUUGAUACUGAAGUCAGCACAAAAGUUCAGGUUCAUCGAUCCGAGGUUAACGGACGUCAACCCUACCUGCGUACUGCCACGGGUGGAACCCGGAUAGAACUGACUGGCGAGUA